UGUCAAAGUCAAAACAGCUGUGCUGUACGAUGUGUGUUGUUUACUGUUUUCUUACAAAAUUGCAAAUAAUUCGAAGUUAUAGCGUUUCCUAUCAAUUAUAACUUGGUAUUUUCAGUUAUAUCGUCCCCGUCAUAAACUUCUAAAUAUAAGUUUGGCUACAUAGUUAAAAAUAAGUUUCCAGGCUCAGAAUCAUAAUGUUAUCGUCACUGAUAAAAGAACACCAAGCUCGACAAACAGCUAAGAAAAUAACACAAGAACAAAAACGCAAAGAAGCAAUCGCAGCUGCAAACGAUUUAACUCAAGCCCUUGUGGAUCACUUGAAUGUUGGGGUGGCCCAAGCAUAUCUCAAUCAGAAGAAACUGGAUGCAGAAGCAAAGUUGCUGCACCAGGGAGCCAUCAACUUUGCCAAACAAACACAACAGUGGCUGGCACUAGUCGAGAACUUUAGCAGUGCUCUGAAAGAAAUUGGUGAUGUUGAGAACUGGGCUCGGAGCAUAGAGAAUGACAUGAAAAUUGUCACAGAUACACUCGAAAAUGCAUAUAAAAUCACCCAAGAGCAGCCUACUGUUAGUCGGCAGAGCUAAAUUAAAACAUUCCCCUAAGAUUUUGCCUUUGACCUUGGGUAGAAGUUCUUUAAUAUUCUUAAAGUUAAUUAUGUAGAAUAAGAUUUGUUCAAUGUAUCUAUAAAAAAAUUACUGAAUUAUUGUUUAGUUUAUAAGUUAAAAGAGAAAAUUAUACUUAAGUAACUA